GUAUACCCGGUUGUAACCAUCCGACUCCCCUUAUACGAUCGCACGAGAGCCAUGAACUGGUCAGUGCGAUGCCAACCGUGUUAGCGUUCGCGUUAUUACGAUGAUGUCCGUCGUUCAUCAUCACCGUCGCCGUCCACGUACGGUCGCGUUGGUCAUCAAUGCGUUCUUCGCCGUCGCGUUAUUUUUACCGCUAUUGGCUUUGUGUUCGUCCGAUUUAUUAUCGUCUUCACCGUCUGGCAAUGGACUCUGGGACGAUUUGGUCGGCAAGUGCGGUGCCGGUCCCAGCAAUACCGUGGACUGCGUCCGGAGUAGGUUGUACCACUAUGUCAGCGACACGUUCGAGUCUGACAUGAACAUCACUGACGGCAUCAGGUUCACCCGAAACUCCAACGACUACGAUACUAUGUGCCCGCGUCCGAACGUGACCGCCGGAACGUACCGGGAAUCCAGAGCUCCCGAAAUGGUAAGUAGGUGGUAUAACUUGUGAGGAAUAACCAGUAUAGAGGGAAGCUAUAAGGAAGAUAAUAUAUAUUUGUGAAGUAGAAAAGAUAUUGGUGCGAGAUAGAUCGGAUGAAAACAAAAUAAGGAAUAGAUAAAAAUCGAAUGAAUAUGACCUAGGUAACCAACGGUAAUUGAUCAAUAGGCAUGUCCACUUUUGAAUAUUUUCCGUCGUAGGAACACCGCAAUCGUGAUAAUAUGCUAAAUAAGAACAGCCGCUAAGCAUUAUUGGUAUUAUUAUUGCAAACUGUCCCGUGGAAUUAAAAAACUCCUAUAAACACAUAUAAUGAAAUUAAUAUAAUAUUAUAAUAAUCGAACAUGACCAUGACAACCUCAAACUGCGAAGACGUCGUGGUUUCCUACUUAUAAUUCGAAUAGUGGGACACCUACUAGUUUCCGGUUCUAUAAUAUAAUACCGUCCGUUGGAAAUACCACGAGAGAUUUAACCGUAUUAAUCUAGUGAGUGUUUAUGUAUAUUACUAAAAACCGGUCCGGCAUAUUUACGCGGAUUUGUAUGACUGGUUCACAAGUAACCGAAUUAUUAAUAAUAUUAUUUCCGAUUUUGAAACGAUUUUCUUUGUGCGUUUUCUUCUAGGGGGAAAACGAAGUGGAAGACGGUUGGGAAGAAUUCACGGAUGAGUUGUACAACAAGGGAACCAAGUACCUGGUAACGCACGACUUCGAAGCCUCAGUGCCCGGUUUCCUGGGAGGUGGCGGAGACCAGGGGGCCAAGGUCCGGCUGUCACCCAAACGGAUCUUGCCAGACGGUGGUAUUAUCUUGCGGAUGGAUGUACUACCGGCCGUUGAAAGGGAUGUCCGAUCGCCUAGGUUUAUGAAGAAAAUGAUAAGUAAGUGAAAUAACGAUUCUGUAACGUACCUAUUAUUAGAUACGAGCAGUAUUAUAUUUACAUAGGUUUCAAAAUAUUUAUAAUAAAGAUAAAAAUAACUGUUAGAAUAAUUAUCUAAAAUUCUAUAUAAAUAUAACAGAUAAGUACGUAAAAAGUAAAUUAUGUAGAUAAAGAUACAUAUUCAGAAAUGUAUUAUCUUGAUAAAGAAAAAGAUAAUUUUGUUCAUUUUUUAUCAUAAAACUAAGUGUUAAAUGUGUACCAGAUUUGGUAUCUACACAUCUAGAUUUCAAAAGAUUGUGUGAUUAAUGACUUAAUUUAUUAGACUAUAAAUUAAAUAUUUAACCUAUUAUUUUUAACAAAUAAAAAUGAAUUACGAUUUUAAAAAGAUAAGAUACAAAAUACAAAUAUACCUAUCUACAGAGAGUUCGACGAUAAUUUAUAAUAUCUCUGAAGGGAAUAAAGGCAAUUAAAUUCUAUUUUCUUUUGGUAUAUUACUUAUAGGGAUACGGCCUACAAACGUUUAUAUUUUAAUUAAAUUUGUAUGUUUCAGUAAAAAAAGGAAAAAAUAACAUUUUAUUUUAUUAUUGGUGAAUGAUUUGAAGAUAGCUAUUUUAUAGAUAUUAUUCUAAACAUGUCGACGUUUAAACUUAUUAUUUUCAUUAAACUCAUAGUUUUUAAUAAUUUUUAAAGUUUAAAGAAAAAAAGUGUGCCUAUACAGUCACAUAAAAAAACCCAUAAAAUACCUAUAAUAAUAAUUAAUUAUAAUAAUCAUUUAGAAAAUACGAUUGUAGCUUACUGCAUAAUAACCAAUAUAACAUGAUUAUUAUUGUUAUAGCUAAUAUUUACUGUACACUUUUUUCUCUAAAUUUUAAAUAAUUAUCAAAAACCACGAAUUUAAUAAAAAUAAAAAGUUGAAAUGCCAAAACAUCCAAAAAAAUAAAUUCUUUAUCAAAGUCUAUCUUCAUAUUUUUAAAUUAAUUUUUUUACCAAAACAUAAAAAUUGAAUUCAGAUAUAAAUAUUUGUAGUCCUUAUCCCUGAGAGUAAUAUAUAUAUAAAAAUAAAUUUGAAUAUCUUAAAAAUUUCAAGAAAUAUUAUUGCAAUAUCUUCAUAGGACACCCCAUAUAUUAAAUCCAAAACUUCAACAUUUAAAAUUCGUAAUUUUCGAGUUGAGGUGCCGUAUAGAUAGCCAACAUUUUUAUUAUCUUAAAAAUGUUAUAUCGUCACCAUACUAAGUCGUAGAAUGUGAUUAUUUUGCGUAGUUUUAUUUUUUCUUUAUAUAGAAAUUAAAGAAAUAAAACAACUUCGCCUAUGAAUAGUUAAUAAUAAACUGCCAUUUUUUGAUUUAUGUCAGUAACAAAUUUUUCCCUCAUAUUUUGUUUUUAUUGGUCGCAAACAUAAUAGGUUCGGUUUUGUGACGUAUAAAACAUUUGGUUUGAAACACAAAACCGAAUACGUGUCGGUUUUGUUUAUUAAAUACCUAUAUAUAUUAUGUAUCUAUUUUUAAAGUGCUAUAAUUUUAUUUUCCGGAGUCUGGUUAAGAUGUAAUCGUGUGAUAACCGAGUACCUAUUAACAUAAAAAUCGCAAGACUGAUAACAUAAAUUAAAUUAUCGAGUAUUCAGAGGUUACAGAGGUGUACUAUAACUGCAUUUACUGUCUCCAGAAUCAUCCCGAAGAUUACUGGAAUCAGAGGAAAAUUAAUUCAGAUAAUUUCAACAUUAUAUGAUGAAAAAAAAACAUCACAUUAUUUGGUCCACUUAUAAUCUAAACAUGUCAGUAGUUUUCAAAACUCAACCAAUCAAGGUCAUUUAAUAAUCUGUGUUAUAUUUUUCAUAAUUUCUCAGUAAUAAGGUACCUCAUUUACUAGAAAUACAAUUUAUUCCUACACAAGUUAGGAUAAUAUAUAAUAAUAAUUAUUAUUAUAAUAAUAUUAAUUUUAUUAUUAAUAACUAUAAUAAUAUUCUUGGAAAUAGAAACUUGGAUAUUCGUUCAUCAUCAUGACACUGUGUAUUAGGUAUCUUACAAAUAUUAAAAUUGUAUUAAAAAUAUCAGUGUUAGUCCAUUUAUUUUUAAUUUUCUAUUAGCAACCAAGUGGGGCUUCUAGACAUUUUCCUGAAACAGGACUUGAGGAAAAUAGCCCCGUUGUCCCCUCUCGAACGACCCUAACUGUCUCGGGUUAAUGGACAACAUAGUGAAAUUACGUUACUCAGAAAAAAAAUAAUUUUAACUUUUAUAUUAGAGUUUUAACUAAAUUUAAAAUAAAUAAUAUUUUGAGGAUUCAUGCACGUUGCUUUUGUCUAUAAUAUGUUGUCAAACAAACAAAAAUUAUGGUCAUGUUAAUUUUUGUUUUUAGAUUCUGAGCGUAGAAGAGAUGUAUUGAUUUUACUAUAAUGUGUGUGUGUGUGUGUGUGUGUGUGUGUGUGUGUGUGUGACUGUGAGCAACGUUUCUACAAGAAAUAUUGUUCCAAUAAAAAAUAACAAAAUAAAUUUUUUGCUGCAUUUUGAAUGUAGUUGGUGCAUUGGCGCAUUCUUUAAUUUCCCAAGCAAUUUUUAUUAUAAUUGGAUUAAACCGAAGAAAUACGUAAAAUGAAAACUAAUAAAUUUACAGCCUACGAUUUAAUGAUAACAAUUUUUUUUUUCGUUGCCUUUUAACUCUUUUGCCAAUCAAUUAUUUUGGAUUGAGAAAGUAACAAUCCUUUUUAUUUAAAAUAAUACACUUUAAGACGGAAGACCAUUUGUCGCUGCACCCGGUGCAGGACACGGUUUUAAUUAAUAUAUAUAUAUAUUAUGAAUUAUAUACCUUAUAGUAUCGAUAAUGUAAAAGCAAGAUCAUUUUUCUCCGGGACUUUUGACAGCGUUCUUACAAAAUAAUAUUAAUCGCGGUUACGUUUCAAUUAGGUUUUAUGAUCGGGUGGAUCGUAACCUAGAUUUAGUGUAUAGUGAUAAUAAUAUACGAUUUAAAUUAGGAAUGACAAGGAAAACAAUUUGAUUUACAACCGAUAAUAUAUAUUAUUAUAUUAUUUAGUCGGUUAUGUUCCUGGUGAUGGUCAUUGGUUACUAUAAUAUAAGUUCACGUCUUGUACGUGUCUCGUAUUCGUUUUUCACUGCGGCAGUACGGCACGGUCGGCGGUAUACCUCCUAAGACAUACGCGAGUAUACAAACAUAUAUAUAUAUAUAUAUUUUUUUUUUUUUAUUCAAUACUUAAAAUCAGAGUGAUAGGAGGUAUAUGCCUACCUGCCUACACCUAUAAUAAUAAUUAGUCAUCACGAAUUAUUUUUUAUUUCUUUUCUUUAGACGCGUAUAGAAGAGAAUAUAAAAGAGAAAGCAUCGUAAUAUAUAUACAAAAAAAAAAAAAACAAAACAAAAAAAAUAACCGGUCGUAUAAUAUAAUAUUAUAAUGUAGGAGAACCUUGAACUUGAUUUGGACAGAAUCCAAGUAAGACGAAUUCGAUUCAUGUACGACUACCUAAUGUACUAACAGACCUAAUGAAUUUGAAUUUGUUAUAAUAUUAUGUGUGUCAAUAUAUCUACUAUUUAAAGUAUUAAAGUACCAUGGUUUGUGAUUAAAAAAAAUUAGUACGUUAAUAACUAUAAAGUUUUUUAAAUAUACAUAAGACAAGCAUUAAUACAUCUUUCUCUCCUAGCAACUAGCUGUGUGCGCACGUCUCCAAAUUAGUGGUUUAAGGUGCAUUGCACACAUUUAAAAGUAUAAAUUGUUAAUUUGGAUAUAAGUCGAUUAAACAAAUUUAAUUUGUUGGAAAUCGUUAAAAAUAAUCGUAAAGACAUAAAAUGUGUAUUAAAAAAGCUGCCUUAGUAUAAUGAGGCCGAGUGCAGCCACUAUUGCAGGUGAGAUAAGUUGAGAAGGUAGGAUAUAAACGGGACUUUAAUGUAUAUUUGUAUGUACCAAUUAACCAUCGCUAAUGAAAAACGAUUCUGAGUGGAGUUCGAUUGAUAGUGUUGCUUUGUCAAGAAUAUAUAUAUAUAUAUAUAUCAUAUUAUGUAUUAUAAUAAAUUAAUUAGAUAUGCGUUCAAUAUUUUCUUUAAUAAUAUUUGUUUAAUAUUGUACCUAUUUUCUCAUAUUCUUACUUUUUCCCAUUUUUUCGGAAAAAUUACCUUUCUAAAAUAACUCUCCAGUCAGAUUUCUUUUUAGGAAAAGUGAAAUAUCAUUGCAUAUUGGAGCAAAAUUCCUUACUCCACUAGGAAUCAAAAUCAUAUUAGUCGUUUCUAGCGAGCAAUUUAGCGAGAAUUUUCAAAGUUAUUUUUCGUUUUACGUUUUUUUUUAAAAUCACAUGAAAACUUUGAUCAAAGAUCUUUAAUAAUAUAUUUCAAAGGUGUACACUGUUUAUUCAUGUUUGUGAAUACUAAUUCGGUUUAUGUGGGCAAACAUUUUUUGUUAUCUUCAUGAAAUGAACAAAAAAGACAAAAAAGAAACUUAACCUUUAUUUGAUUGAAAAAACUGGUAAGAUUUUCGUUUGAAUCGUAUACAAAUGAUUAAUUUUUAAUACUCCACGUGAAUGAAAAUAGUUCAAUCAACUGAUAUUGUGCGACAAAAUGAACAUUUUAACAGUUUUAAAGUAAAAAUAAAAAAACGUUAAUAUUAUUGAAUAAAAUUAAUAAACCAAAUUUCAGCCGAUCAACAUUCAGUUUUAUAGUUUUGGAUCGAUAUUCCAAUGACUUAUUAUUUUUAAUAAUAUUGUACACGUUUUUAUCACUUAUCCACAAACAAAUCUAACAAAUAAUACUUUUUAUAAUAAAAAAAUACUAAACUACCUUCAUCAAUUGUAUACGUUUUUCCAAAUAACAGAAACCGUUGGUUUUGAGUAUAACUUUAUAUUUUAUAUUAAACGACCGGUUCAUUGUAAACCUACAUUAAUUCCAAGGCCAUAGAGAGUUUCAUUUAACCUAGGCCCAUAUAUUAUUAUAUUACAUAGUUAAGUAUAUAGGUAUAUUCAAAAUAAUUCGUGAGAAAUUAGAAAUUGUAUAAUACAUUUUUUAAAAAACCUGUAUGGGGACAAAAAUCCACCAAUAGAUGCUUUUUUUAAAAUCGUAUGUGUAUACAUUUCUCGGGAUAACAUAACUGUGUUUUAAUGAUUAUUCAAACUAGCAUGUGGGUUAUUAGUAUUAAAAAUAAAUAUUCUUUAGAUUAAAACAAAAUGAUAUAGCUUUCUAGAAAAGUUGUUUUUUACGUAAAAGUAAUAAUUUAGUUUUUUUAGACCUAUAGAAUAAAUAAAUGCAUAUUUUAGAUUUUGAGCGGAGCGAGGAAUGUUUUACAAUAAUGUUUAUUUAUUUUUUUUUUCUGUGAACUACUUUUCUAAUAGAAAAUUUGCUUCAUUUUUAAAUGUAGAACUUUUUCUGAAAAGGAAUCUGACAGGAAUAGUACUUUAAGGUGAUCAUUUUUUUGAUUUUCCCAGGAGUUUUCAUAAUAAAUAAAAAAAAAAAUAGGAAAAAUGGGAAUAUGUACGGAAUAUAUUAUUUUAAAAUCUUAAUUGUUAUGGCUUUCCAAAAUAUGUUUAAUCGAAAUCCGCUCAGAAUUGUUUUUUGUUAACAAUGAUUAAUUGUUGCGUACAAAUAUACAUCUAAUUUCCUCUCUUUCUUCUCAACUCUUCAGUUUUCACCAAUUAUAGUGGUCCACCUUUCGUGUCAAAGUAUUUUUUUAUCUAUUUUUAUUUUCUUAAACUAUAUUUUGUUAUAAUACCUUUUUACAAAAAAACCUACUCAAAUAACAUGAUCAAAAUUGUGUGACAUUUGUAAACGUUCGAAUUUUAAUUGUAGAUAUUAUAAUUACAUGUUUAUACUUGGAUUAAUUGAUUCAAAUUGGAUAUCACCAUGUAAUUAUUUAUACAUUAUGUAGCUAAUAAAAUAAAACCAAAUAAUUUCCCGUUGAUUUUCAUAAUAUUUUACGCGUAUACGGCACGUGCCACGGCUCGGCCUCGAAUUGUAAUAAUAUUAUUAUAGUUCUCGAAAUCACGGUUGCCCAAUAUACAGUAGGGUGAUUUUUCUUCGCCAGUAUAAACCUGCGAUUAUCUACGAUAUUUUUUUUUUUUAAAGAAAUUGCUGGUUUUGGAUUUAUUCAGGCGGCUGACAUUAUGUGAAUUAUAUUUCCAAUAUAUAUUUUUACAAUCGUGUACCAUAGGUUAAUACUAGUUUACAUGCAACAUUUAAUAAGUAUGAAGGGUAAAAAUGACGUCCUAGGAUAAUGGGGACGGAGGCAGCCACUGUUAAAAAUAAUUUAAUGUAUACCUGUAAGCAAAAAUAAAACAUUGAACAAAAUAACGAUUCUGAGCGAAGUUCAGUUGAUAAUGAUGCUUUGAUAACAAUAAAUAUGCCAUUUUAUAGUAGAAUAAUUAAAUAGGCUUUAUAUAUUUUCUUUAAUAAUAUUUGUUUAAUGUUAUACCGAUUUCUCCAUUUUUCCUACAUAUUUUUCAGUUUUCCUACGUUUUAUCCCGGUUUUUCAUAUUUGCUUAGAAAACUCUAAGGAAAAUCGAAACAUUGAUACUAAUAAAAAUUGGAACAAAAGUGCUGGUAGAAAAGUUGUGCACAGAAAAAAAGAAGGCCGUAAUAUAUUUUAACUAAUACCUACAUUUCUAUUAUUUUCUCUUUUUUUUUUUUUUGUUUUUCAAAUUUGAUGAGAAAAGUCCUGAAAAAUCGAAAAAUGACCUCCUUAAAGUACCUCCCCACGCCAAUUUUCUUUCAGAAAAGGUGCUUUACGUAGAAAUCAAAGCAAGUCUUCUGGUAGAAAGGUUACGCACAGAUAAAAUAAAACAAAAAGAAAAGAAAUAAAUAUCUUUAUAAAACUAUAAGCUUCUUCACUCCACUUAGAAUUUAAAAGUGAUCGACAUAAAAAUUCACCUUUUAGAAAUCGUAUAGAAGAUUUUUCUUUUUCUGAAUCUAGGAGUAUACCAAAAUCUCAAAAUCGUUGAUUAUUGACACAUAGAAAGUUCUUUUAUAUCGAUGACGAUCUGGAGUUCUGAUUGUACGACAAAGACGAUGAUUUUUCCAUGGAAAACGACACGAUACCUAUCAUAAUAUUAAUAAUAAUAUAUUUUUGGGUGUGCCAGGGAGAAAAAACAAUUGCAUUUGCUUUAUUUGCACCCGUAUAAAUAUAAAAAAAAAUAGAAAUAACAAUAAUAAUAAUAAUACAUUGACACCUUUACGAUCUACGCGUACCAAUAUAUUAUUAAUUAUAUAGGAAUAAUAAUACAUCGUAUUCAUUUAAUACAUAAUUUUGAACCAACAGAGCGUAUACACCACUCGUCUUGCCUAACCUUGCUUAACCGUGAAUACGUUCGCCGUGGCCGCUUCCGAGUUUCUACAUUAGCCUAGUUGUCCGUUUUUACGGACGUAAUUAAUAUUAUCGGUGGUAGGUAGACACAUGUGUGAGUAGUAGAGUGUAAAUAAAAAAGGUUAGAAUAAAAAAACACAACACGCCGCCGUCGUUUUGUGUUAAUGAAUGGCGAAGGAAAUAAAAUUAACUAUAAUACACAGAUGAUUCAUAGCGCCCGCGUGAUGAAACAUCCAAAAAUCACCCGUGUAUUUAGAUAUUGAUCAUUAAUGUACAAUAACAGUAGCUUAGAUUUUAAAUUAAGAGGGUAAUUUGUUUUUUUUUUUUUUUAAUGCAUAAUAAUUGUAUAAAUAUUAUUAUAUGCUUUAAAAUGUAUAUAAUUAAAAAAAAGAGCUGAAACUGGAGACAGGUGAAGUCACUGUUGUAGAUGAGGAUUUUGAAGAUAGGAUGUAUAAAGUUAUUUAAUUUCUACCUGUACGCAAAAAUAAAUCGUUGCUAACAAAAAACGAUUCGAAGCGAAGUUCGGUACGACAUUUUAAAAUGUCAUAAUUUUUACGAUUUUCGUUCUUAAAUGAACGUUACUUAUGAAAAGAAUAAUCAAAUUGAUUAAACUUAAAUUUGUUUUUUAUAUCAUUAAAUACAACUUAUAAUCUACCAUUUCUAUCAUCUUCAAGCAUUUUUCUUAAUUCAUAUAAUUUUAAUAACAGAUACCUACCAAAUAAAAAUACAUAAAUUAAACACUAAAAUAUCAAAUACCUAAAUAAAUAGCCUAAAAAUAACUAGAAUGUUUUCAUGUCUAGUGAAGUGCAAUAAAAUUAUUUUACAAUAAUUUUUAACCAAAUAACAAAAAUAAAAACCUAAAUGCCGUAUAAUUUUGCCAUAUUUUCUAGGUUUUUGCCCUGGUUAUUCGUAAUUAUAAGGAAAACUACACUGAAAAUCAUACAACGACUUUUUAAUCACAAACUAAACAAAAUUUCCAUUCAAUAAAGUUGCUACACUUAUCAAUUCAGAGCAAAUUUUUUGGAAAAAUUGCUUGCAGACAUAAAAAAAAAAAACGAUAAAACGAUUCUGAGUAGAGUAGUUAGUCAUAUUUUUCCCAUCCUUACUAAAAUUACUCAGAAAUCAAAAAAAAUUGAACCUUAAAAUAAGAAACUAGAGAGUGAACUGCUUAAAAUAUCGAUUAUAUUACAAAAAAAAUACUAUUGAGAAGUUCUGAAUUUUUUGAGGUCUGGUAUGGGUAAAUCAGAGUAAUUUUACUAACAGAAAAGUUAUUUCCAGAAAGAAAAAUCCCAUCUUUUUAUAUUGAAUAGGUUCUUCGUGAUACUCAGAACAUAAUAUUAUACUAUAGUACCUCAUAUAUCAAUGGCAAUGAAAUGGAACGUAAUUUAGGAGACAGAAUCGAUGACGAACACUUGUAUAUUCAAAUUAUACUUAGAUACUAAUUUCGUGUUGGUUAAAUUUUUUUCAGAGCAACUAUUCAAAAAAAAACUCAUGUCCAGCGGUAUGGCUUUGAUGUUGAUCAUCAAACUGAUCAAGAUAAAAUUGAUGUUCUUGUUGCCGCUGCUGAUCGGAGCGGGCGCGGCCAAAAAGAUACUGCUCAAGGUGUUGUUGUUCGUGUUCCCGCCAUUAGCUCACCUGUUCAAACUUUGUUCAUACUACCAUCACCACGCAUCUAAGUUCUAUCACUAUCACCAUCAUAAGGUAUUAUAAUAUACAUCAAGUGGUCAGGUUAUAGAUUAUAGGUUAGAUAUAAUAUGACGACUGUCACAAUAGAAUAGUAUGAUAAAAGUAGCUUUUCAUGGGGUCACGGGAGAAGUCAAGAGAAGUCAAACAAAUUUAACGGGAUGGGUGUCUGUCAUCUUAGACAUUAUAUUAUUACUGAAGUUCAUUAAUGAUCGGUAAAAUGCUUUUUCGUUAUUAACCUGACUUAAUAUAUUUGACCUUCGAUACUUAACGCUAUCGUAUUGUCAUCUAAUUAAUAAAACUCUUUUUAUAUUAUAAGAGAAACGUAUUUUUAAGUGAUGACUUUCCAAAACGCAAUACACUCGAAAAUAAUAUGUUAAUACGUCGACGAUGUCCAUCACAAAUAAAACGUGACUAUACAAAUUUGAACCUCAGGUCAGGAAGGGCCAAACUCAUUUUUAGUGGAAAUGUGAUAAAGGCCUAAUAGCAAUUAACAUUUGAUGUAUACUUUCUUGUGCUUAAUUGUAUUUCAAUUAAUAAAAUUUCAGGAAAUAUGUACCAAAAAUAUGUACAUUAAAUCAAGAGUGAUCAAUGUGAUUUAAGCAUUUAAAAACAUUAUGUUAAGUGUUUGGUUUUUCUCGACCAGAUUUGUAACCAAUUACUGAUACAUAUCAGAGAAAUUCUAAAAUAAAGCCGUUUUCGUACAUGCUGCCAAUAGUCCGUCAUAGGAAUUUCCGUAGUGUUUAAUUAUUAUCGAAGGCACAAUCAUACGUAACGAUUCAUAACUAAUGACAUAACUAAUUUGUGCUGACAGGUAAAACAUCAUCACCACCAUCUCAAGAUCCCCGUACCUGUUCCAAUUCCGUCCAGACCACCCCACGAAUACUAUUCCGCCGGUCCAGCUCUAGAUCACCCACCUGGACCCUACGAUUCUCCCGCAGAAGUACGUAUAUUUUUAGCGUUUAUCCCGCCAUACAUCUACCAGGAUGUUUAUUUUGUUUUACUUGUAUUUAAGAUAUAAUAAUAUUUCGCCAAAAAUUCUAUAUAUCUAAAAACAGGGAUGGUAAACGUUUUUGCGAACUAUGUUUUCUUGCCUACCAGAAAUAUUGCUUCCAAAGAUAAAUUACAAGAGAUUGAUUUUGUUAAAUUUAAUAACUACCCGCAGAUAGAGAGAGUAGUUUUUUAAUUUCAAAGCAGUUUUUAUAUUGUGAAAACCUGAAAUAGACGAAAAAAGAACAAAUUUACGGCAUUACGAUUUCAUUAUAUUUUAAAAUUUUACGGCUUAUGUUUUUCACCCAAAACUAUUGCUCUAGUGGAAAAACAACAAAAGAUCUUUUUUAUAGAAUUUUUAGUCUAGUUGGUAACCAAAAAGACGUUUUUAUUAUCCUUGUAGUUUUUUUAAUAAUUGAGUAAAAAUGAAAAAAAUAUAGGUAUAAAGAACAGAAAAAUGUACAGAAAUAAUGAUUUCAUUGUUUUUAAUUUUGUUUUAAUUCAGUUAUAAAUAUUCAUUGACUUGAAUACUUGAGACUUGAAUCAUUGACAACAACUUAUAUUUAUAUUUUCUAGACGUGGUAAAAUUUUCCAAAGAUUUGAGCUAUUUAUCAGUUAUUUAACAAAUACAUUUUAAUUUUGCGAGUUUUUACGUAAUUUUUAUUUGGUAGGUGAAAAUAUAGUUAGACUAAACAGAAAUAAUUGAACAUUUUUGAAGAGAUUCAUUAUAAGUUGUACUUAGUCAUAAAAAAAAUGAGUUAAAAUCAAAUUUUGACGAAAAUUGUAUGGCAUUUCAAAACAUAUAACCGAACUUCGAUCCAAAUCAUUUUUAAUUUCUAAUGGUUUAUUAUCGUUACUUAUUACAGCUGUAAAUUAAAUAACUUUAUGUAUCUUGCCUUCUCGACUUCCUAUAUACAACAGAGGCGAACGCGUCUCCAGUAUAAGCUAUUUUUUUUAAAUUAUUUUUAUUAUGGUGUAAUUUAUUUAUUUUUUCGUUUUUGUUUUUGUUAUUGGAUUUUUUUCUUUUAAUAUCGUUUUUUAAAAACAAUUUUCAUCCCUGCUAAAAAAGCUUCGAAAUAAAAUGUAGACAAAACUUGUUUCACAAAUGAUGUACAUCAUCGUCUUCCUGUUUAUCUUAAUUCUAAGGUAAUCUUAUCAAUCUCACAUUUCGUUUUAUUCCACUAUUACAUUUUCUCCUCUUAUCUCUUCUCGACGUCAUCUCAAUCGAAUGAUCUCUGGGACUAUAUAUCGCUUGUAGAUUUAUUCUCUUAUCCUAUCUGGUUACAAUACACGUCCACUUAAUAACGUUUUUAUAUCCCUCAUGCAAACACUGAGGUUUUAUCUCCACUUUAGUUAUUUACUUUUUAUAUGCAAAUAGUACUUGAGCAACAGUGAUUAUUACAACCGAAACGGACCUGACUCUGUGGCUGACCACGGGGACGAGCUGGCCAGCUGGGGACUGAAUGAGUACUCAGAAGGCAUGCCAGCACCGUACGACCUCAAGUACACUCACAGUUCUUCUCCGGCUCAAUACGAAAACAAACCAUCAUCGUACGGUCCUCCGUCGUCAUACGGUUCACCACCGUCUCCAUACGUCGAAAAGUACAUCAAGAGAGGAGACGAAAAUCACGUAAGUACUGCUCGUGUAUUUCUUUUUUUGUGGAUUUGAACGUUUUCUAAGUUGUAAAUGACCUAGGUCCAAAGUGGGUCGUUUGAUUGAAAGUCAUAUAAUAUGAUAAGUAGUCGAGAUUAAGUGAUCCAAAUUUCGUGUUAUCUAAUGGAUUUUUUGGUAAAAAAACCAAACAUUAUAGUUGCCGAUUAAUAAUAUACUAUACAGAGUGAUUCACUAAGCGUACUUAGCCAUAUUUUUGGUUAAAUUUUGCAUGCAUUCAAAUUCUGAUUUUUGGAAUUUUUAAGUGUACUCCACUACUCUCCUCUAUCUAAACUUAAAAGUGAAAUAUCUCGUUAACGCGUUGAUGGAAAUCAAAAAUGUUGACAUCCACACUUAUUUAAAGUAAUACUAUGUCUAUUUGUGGAAUUUUUAAUAUAGGUUGUCAUUUAAAAAAACAAAUUUGGUAUCGCCACCCUUAAGGAUACUCCUUAAAUGUUGUGAAAAAUAAGUAUUCAAAAAUAUCGACUAAAAAAUUUAAAAAUUUCAGAAAUCAGAAUAUGAAUAUAUAUAAAGUUUAACGAAAAAUAAGAUAAGCACGCUUAGUGAACCGUCUUGUAUAACUGUGAUGUUUCAUAAGCAUAUCUUAAACUAAACAUUUCAGCCACUCGAUUAUAGUUACCCAAAACAUGUUUUGUCGUGAUGCGUUAUAUUUACCUACUCCGAAGUUAUGAAUAAAAUUUACGAUAACCGUGGUUUGUGUGUCAUAUCUUUAUACGUAUGCUCUAAUCAUAAUAUGUACUCGGGCACGUUAUAAUACUAUUAUUUUGAAUAAACGGUGAAAUAAUAUGAUGCAGAAAUGAAAUCCGGUACCGAUUUACGAAAAAAAAAAGUAUAAAAUUAUUUUUUGUCAAUAUCACCCAUAGAUUCGGGUCAGAUGGCAUUGUCCAAAUCAAUUACGUAUUCAUCUAUGAAAUAUAUGACCACAAUGUAUUUUCGCGUUUUGCAGCGUUGCCGAGUGGUAGUCUAGAAAGUUUCUGAAACCAUAUGUGUUUUUCGUCAUCUCGGUCUUCGGUCGAUAAUCCACAUUGACCAUCUUAUUACAUCAUUACAGGAUUUGGAUUUAUUUUUUUUUUUGCCUUCAAAGUGUCAUUUCUACCUUCCCAUCUCAGCUUAUUUGGGAACUUUCGCUAUACAAUAGUAUAUUAUAUUACUUUCCAAACGUAUUAUAUCCGAAGCACUUUUCCCACGAAUUAACGAGUGAUAAUCAUAUGUUUAAUACAGAAAUAGAAAAAAUUAGACAUUUAAAAAAUGUUUAUUUAAAUUAAAUUUUUUCAUUUGACAAUUAUUGUAUAUGGUUGUUGUUACCCAAAAAUGUUUUUCAUAGUGAUUUUUGAUUUAGCUAUUGUAACAGACUACCGUGAAAUAAAUAUAAAUAUAAAUUCUUUACGACUACCUUUGUGCCGUUUCUCGUACGUUAAUCAAUGCUAAAUUAUGCAAUUAUUUUUUGGUGGAUUUCCGCAGGCUUUGACUAGACAGCCGGCGCCGCCACCGCCUUCAUCGCAACUGACAAAUCAUGAUCCAGUAUUCACACCCAUAGUACAAAGGCUGGACGAGAUAUUCAACGAGGUGGCCGUUUCUGACGAACCGUGUCGUGAGAAAUUGGUGUGCAGGAUGUAUGGCAACCCAAUCAAGUUUAGUCCGCACAGCAACCUGGUAUCCGCACAGCUGAGCAGGUAAAUAUCGUUUGCUCCUGGCCUCCCCCCUACCGUUGAGAUUGAGUUUCGAAUAUUUCACUACCAUGGGGUCUCCGGUCGUACUCGCGCGCCUAACUCAUAUAUAUAUAUAUAUAAUAUUAUUAUUAUAUUUAAACCCGUUCACCUACAUCCGAAAUAUGUUAUUUUUUUUUUAUUUUUAUAUCCUGAUGACGAAAUGGAAAUAAAAAAAUAACGUCCCGUGUACACAUAUUAUAUUAGUAUUAUUAUAACCCACUUAUAACCCGUUUUCCGCGCCGACGCCACCCGAUGACCUACUUGCAGCUGCCGACCGUGCAGCGUACGCCUUGUAGAUGAGGGAUAAGCUUCGCCGUCGUCGUGAUUUAUUAAGGUCACGGCCUUGAACUUGUUACUCGAAAGAAGGUAUAUCCAGUAGAACGAGUAUAUACAUACAUAUUGAUACAGUCGUACGUGUCAAAUCGGUAGAAACUACGUCAUAUGCGAUUGCCAGACCGGAAAACGACAUUGUAUAAUUUGUUGGACAUUUAUUUGUUAACUAUAUCAUUUACACGCGUGCACUACUACACAGCGUAUAAUAAAAUUAUGAAGCAUAACUACUGCAGAUGGGCGUAUAAUUGAAUUAUUCUCAAAUUUUGUAUUCGUUUUUCUACGUCAUAAUUAAUGACGAAUGUGUGGUGAGGGUUUGGUGUUUAUACAUUUCAAAUUAAUUUGUACUUAAUUUUUUAAAAAAAAAUUGAUUUACUCUAAUACAAAUGUAAAACGUGAUAGAUAUAUUUUGCAACCACCUCAUUCUCCAAAAUAUUUUUCUGCACUCGCAACCGGCUAAUAAUAUCUAGUUAAUAAACAUCUGUAAACAACAGAGCACCACUAGAGUCAAAUUAACCCCUUUAUUUUUAAAACAAUAAAUCACCAAACAAUUUAAUUAUAUAAUAAUAUAGAGAUAAAUAUUACAACUAAGUACUUCAACUACUUCCGAAAAAAAAAAGGUGAAAUGUAAAAGUUGAAACCACGAAACAAAAUUUAUCUCUUACCCUAUUUGAGAGGGGGGGGGGGUUCUGGAGAGGUAUUCAAAGAUAAAUAAAACUUACUCUCUCGACAAAAUGUUAAAAUGCAUAUUUAAAUUCAACAUUACCUACUCACUAUUUUACUUUAAUCUGCCUAAAAAACAACUAUGAUUCGUAAAUUUGAGAUCAUUUUAUCCAGCAGAAGGAUUCACUAAAUGUGUCCAAAAUUACUGGGAAAAAGAUUUAUCUAUCAAUUGAUGUAAAACGAUGUAUGGUUGUGGUUGAGUUUAGACUCAAAAACUACACGAUUGAUUUCAAUGACAAUUUCGUGGUUUUUUUUUAUUAGUAACUUUUAAGAAUGUUUGGAGAGUGGUUUAAAUGAGAAAUCUAACCCCUAAAAUUAGGCUCACGCAGUAGAUUUUUUCUUAAAUAUAAUUAUAAGACUUUUUUUGUUUAUUUUUAAUAUCCAUAAUCCAUUGGUAACACAGGAAAACUACGAUGUGUGCUUAUUAUAAUUUUAGAUUCUGAGUGGAACGAGAAAUUUAUUGGUUUUACAAUGAUGUUUUUGUUUUUUUUUUUUUUCAUGUGAAUACUUUUUCUACCAGAAAGCAUACUCCGAUUAUCAAGUAUAGCACCUUUUCUAAAAAAAGACAAAUUGUUUGACAACAAAUGUUUCUUUAUUUUCGAAUCGUAUUUUGUUCCGAAUUUCAUGACUAGUACUUUUUAUGAAAGAUAAUGUUGUUUAUUUGAUUUAUAAAAAAGUAUUUUUUCUAAUAACUAGGAAAAACAGGAGUUCUCCGACAAUAACUCUUCCAUUAUUUUCGUUUUUGUUUUUAUUUUGUUGAUACGUGUAACAGACACAAUACAGUGCAAUACAGUUCCUAUGUACUACAUUAUAUAGUGUUUUUCUAAAUUUCAUGUUACUAUGUCCAAUUUUCCAUUAAAUUAUUUUCCACUUAUUUUUGUUUUUUUAAAUAGCAAACAACAUUAAAAUGUCCAUAAAUAAAUAUAGUCUUAACUUAAAUAAAUUUUGGUGUUGAAAUUUAAUAUUUCUGUUUCCAUUGACGAGAUAUUCCACUUUAAAUCUCGGUGGUGGGAGAGUAUAAUAGAGAAUCAUUUGGUUGACGACACGGUGCACGGCGUUUUAAUAAUGCAUCACUACUUUCCUCUGACUUAAACUUAAAAGUGGAAUAUCUAUUAAAUUAAUUCACGGAAAUCAGACAUUUUAACAACUUCAAUUUAAACUAUUACUAAACUUUAUCUAUUUUAGGAAUUUUUUAAAAUAAGAGUAAAAAAUAACAUUUUUAAAACUACUUAAUUCAUAAAUGAUUUAAAAAACAAAUUCCGAAGUUAAUACUUUCAUAAAUAAUUAGGGUUUUACGUCACGUUGAUCAUCAUGUAUACUAAUUUGAAAUUCGUAGUAGAGCACUUUUCAUUCGCUGCGUACCGGGCCACCACACAAAUGAUGCUCCAUUACUCUCCAAAGUGGAAUAUCUUGGCAACGGGUUAACUAAAAUUAAAAAUUUGAACACCAAAAUGUUAUUAAACUAAAACUAAAACUACAUAUAUUCAUACAAUUUUUAGUAUAGGUUUUAUUUGAAAGUCAAAAGGGAGUAGAGGUUUACCGUUUUCCCUCCCAAAAAAGGGUAAAAAAUUAAAUACAAUGAAAUAUUUUAAAAAAAUGAUAACAAAAGUUUUUUUUUAAACAAUUAUUUCAUGGUUAACGUAAUUGUAACAUGACAUUUUGAAAACCCAUAUGUUUUCGGGUUUUAGAGCAAGUUUUUUUAUAACCAAGGUUAGAUGUAUUUACUGGGCUCAUCACCGCAGUGAUUUAUUAGACCGAAACCGUUCGAUGACCAGAGUAGAAAUUACAGCGACUGUUGCAGCAAAAUGCAUGUAUUUAAAUCAUUUCGUGAAACUGAAUUUGUUUAACGAUUAGGGAUCAAAAAAGAGUGUGUUCUAAAUAUUAAUUAUUAUGAUGCACGUAUAUUAAAUAACGCUGAUUUCGAAUAGUAAAAGUUUUUUUUUUUGUUUUUCACUUGCCGUGACAUCUUAUCGUCGAAUCAUCAUUCCGUAUACACCGUACAAUAGCUAGAAUGGAUACUCAUGGUACACAUUUUUUAAUCUUCAUAUUAUCGUAAUGUUAUAGCGCAUAUAUUGAAUAAAAAUAAGUCACAUGACUUAUUGAUGUAGAGUAAUAAUUAUAAUAUUAAAAAGAUGCCUUGGAUUUUAUAGCACAACAAAUAACUGAAAUAUGUGCUAUAAUAAUAGGAUCAAAAAAAAUUGUCAGUUUUUUUAUAGUUUGAGCUCAUUUGGUCCAGAAAGAACCACUAAAACUGUCCAAUGGCAAAUUAUAUAUAUUUAUAAAUAUACCAUAAAUACAUACAGGUUGACUCAUUAAACAUACUUAGUGCUUAUCCCAUUUUUAUGGUUAAAUUUUGCAUAAAUUCAAAUUUUGAUUUUUGGAAUUUUUAAGCGCAGUUAAUGCCGAUAUUUUCGAUAUUAUCAUUAUAUCAUUACGACAUUAAUAAAUCAGAUUUGACGGUUUUGGAUAAAAAUUUUACAAUUGCACCUUGAAGAGGGAAAGGUUGGUAAAGAGAGUGAUUUUAGGCCCAAAAUGGGAUUCUUGAGAUGAGUUCCCGAGAAAGGUUGAAAUAAUGUCUAUAUAAUGUGAGGAGGAUAGAUUAAUGUUUUGUGACAAGAGAUUCCCGGUACGUUAUCCCCAACUUUUUUGCGAACAAAGUUACGAGUAAUACAGCUAAUAUUUAUAAGUACACACGUAUAGUUCACAACAAAAGUACGCCGAGAAACCACAUCAUACCAUAUCAUAUUUAACCAUGUCUAUACCUAUAACUGAUAUUGUCCAACUAAUUACAUUUGAAAAAAAUCGAUAAAACUACUGUUAUAACGUUAUUAUAUAAGUAUCUAUGUAAUAGAAUAUCAAGAUGAAUAAAACGAAUAAUUCGCAUUUACAACUAAACUAAACUCUGAAUGAUAAUAUAGUAAAACCGUUAUUCUUAAACGAAAAUGUCCUCAUAAUAAUACGACAGUUAUAAUAUUAUAUUCAUAGGUAACAAUUUACUUUGAAUGCGCAAUGAUUGCAACUACCUGCAAAUUCGUCUCAAAGAUCAAAUUAGAUCAAUGUUAGUUAAGAAAAAAAAUGUAUUAUUUUAUCAACCAUCGGCUCAUAGUUGUUAUUACGUUAUUAAUAAUAAUAACGGUUCAGCAAUUUCUAUCUAAAGAAGCAAUGUAUAUUAUCAAUAAUGUUAGAAUAAAAGAAAGACGAAAUAAACAGGUUUUUUGAGUUUUAUAAGAUGCAAGUCCUUUUCGUUUUAUAUUAUUAUACUUUAUCGAGAUUCGAGUAGACAAUCAUAAAGACGUUGGGUCUACAUAACUUUGAAUAUUUGUUUGGAAAACGUAAAAUAUUCAACCGUGUGAACCAAACUUAAAUAGUAAGCAUAAUAUAAAAAUAAUAGGAUUUAAAACGUCUAACAAAUAUGGAUUGAAUAAAUUAUAACAGAAAAAAACCGAAUAAAUUAGUGGGUCAUCGGGACAAAGAAAACUAAUAAAAUUGCUUUCUUAUUUUGUGUUGUUAAUUUAAUGGUGAUAAACAAAAAUCCUAUACUUAUAUAAAUAGUUAUAUGUGGGUAAUUUAAUAAACCUGUAAUUUUUUACAAACCUCGUAGAUCUAUUGGUUUUACUGUUAUGCGUGCUUUUUUUUUCUACCUUUAUUUCUGUAAACAACUUUUUGAAAAGAUAUCUUACUCCGAUGUAUAGAGUAUAGUACACUAUCUGAAAGGAAAUUUUGUUUAAAUAGUGUAUUAGAAUAGUGAUUUUAUUUUCUAUGGGGUUUUCGAAAUAAUUGGGAAAAACCCGAAAGAAAAUUAUAUAUAAAACGAUAAAAAUUUAUGGUACGUCGUGGCGUUACCAAUUUCAUUGAUUUUAAUUUUGCAACUUACGUUUUCUACCAAAAAUAUUUAACAAAAAAUAAUAAGAAAUCAAUUUUGUUCAGAAAUAAAGGAAAAUAAAUACAUUAGAUAAAAUUAAAUAAACAAAAAUUGACUUAAACAUUUCUUUCCAGAGACGAAAGAUAAAACUAUUAAUAAUACGUUGUACCGUUUGUUUUUCACUUCUGCAAAUACAUUAAUACACUUAGUCAAUGUAGUAAAAAUCUGUAUAUUAUGGUUAUAUCCCAAAAUUCUUUACUUGUUUUUCUAUAAAUUCAUUAUAUUGUAAACACGUAUUUUAGCCUAAAUGUCGAUUACCGUAUAAGUAGAACUCUAUUAAACAAUUUUUUUUAUUAAUUUCUAUCCAUCAUGACGGAUCUCCUGUCGAUUCAUACUUCUCACUUACGCAUAAUCAAUCAUUUUCGUCUUAUUUAUUUACAUCAAUGUUUUAAGUCUCAUUUGUGUACAUUAAUAAUUAAAGAUACGUGUGAUUUUUUAGUCCGUAUUAAUAUACUUAUUUAUUUCGUCUUUUGACACCGUGCAAAUGCAAUUUAGUUAUUCUAAAAUAUCGAUAUUCAGACGUAUAGUAUCUUCCUACCAUUUGUUUGAAUUUAUCACUCAACGAUAUAGCUGAAUAUUAAUUAAAUUUAGUUGGAUCGUGGUGAUUAUUAUAUGAAACUCGAUGAUGUUAUUCAAGUUUACACAAGUGAGACAAUACCUAAUAUUUGUUUUUCUAUUCGCCUUAAACAUGUAUUUGAUGGACAUAUUUAUAAUUUAUUUUUUUUUCGUUUAAUUUCAUAUCCCGUGAGUAUACCUACGCGAUUUCGUUCGGUCACAUGCUGUACAAAGGAUAUAUAAUAAUAUUAUAAUUUAGCCCAAUAAUAAUCCUAAAAUAAUAUCGCCAUAGGUCACUUUCUUUAACACAAUAACGUACUAAUGACCUACACGGCAUCAAUAAUAUACGAGUAUAAUUAAAAAAAACAAUGUCUUUAGCACGUUAAUAUAGUAUGCUUUCAUUUAGAUUCCGCCCACAGGAAGAAUUUUUUCGACAGCACCACCGCCAUCGAUACAAUAAUUUCAUUAUUAUUAUUACAUUUUUUUUUUUUUCACUAUGAUUCAUAAAUAUAAUAAUAAUAAUAAUAAUAAUAGAUCGCUUCUGCUCCGAGUCAUCAUUGUAACGAAUGUGUUGUUAUUGCUGCUUCUACUACUACUGCUCUGCAACUGUAAGUACGUGCUUCCAUUGUCGUAGCAUACUGACACGGAUUCGAUAUUAUGACGAUUCGUUGACACACACACACAUUUGGAAAAUACUCACACAACCGGUUUGUCAUAGACGCAAAACUAAAAAAUAGCUAACGAAUUUCCCCUCGCGCGCACAGGAAUGGACGUUCGCGACCAUCUUCAAAUGUAAUUUCUCCGAUAAAAGUGAACUAUAACUAGAAAAAAAAUUAGAACGAAAAAUGAUUAUUAUUAAUAUUAAUAAUUAUUAUCGGUGGGGACCGGUAUAAACACAGUAGAAGCAUCACAAAAACGUCCGCCUAUUUACUAAACGCCCUAUAAGGAAACUGAUUUUUUUGUUUUUUAAUGCCCCUUUAGAGCAUCGAUAAUUUGCACGUGGUUACUUAAAUAAUAAUAUGCUGACUUAUCAGAUAAAUAUGCAAUUAUAAAUAUUGCUCAGAAAAUAGCUUUGACGUAGUAAACAAUACUAUUAAUUAUAAUAAUAAUUUAUAGUACACAUAUGGAUGUUAAUAUUGCAAUAAUUAUUAGAGCAUUCUCGUUAAAAAUACUUUUCAAAUAUAUUCAGAAUACGUUUUUGAAUACUUAUGUAAAUAUUAUAUAAAUAAUUUCUUUUGAAAGCAUCUAAAUAUAAAUACAAAUACUUUAAAAAUAAAUAUUAUUAAUACUUCAUAAAUAUAUUUUUUCUCUUGUAUAUUUGAUAUGCUUUGUGAUUUCCAAGAAUUUCAGAUGCUGCAUAAUACUAUAUUAUUUAUGUAUAUUAGUAAAUGAACUUAAGCUAAACAGAUUAAAUUAUUAUAAUUAGUUAUUGAGUUAUAACAAUACAGUUUACAAUAAUUCGUAGAACUAUUCUAAACAAUUAACAUUUAAAAUAGUAAAAUAAGGUUAUAUUGUCUUAUCACGUUUACAUGAAUAAAAGUAUUUUUAAAAUAUUGAAAAUACAUUCUUCCAAAAAUAUUUAAAUAUAAUUAUUGGAAUAUUUAAUUAGACUAUAUUAGAGUAUAGUUAUUACAGAAAGUUUUCGCGUUCCUAAACCAUUUAUAAAAAUAGUUUUUAAAAGUACUUUUUGAAAAAAUAUCAAUUCCUUCUAUCACGCAUAUUUUCCGGUUUAAUAUAAUACAAUUUUACAAUUACGUUUUAUGUGUUUUUCUUCGUCUUUUUAACACAAAUAUAAAAAAUAUUUUAUGAUCGAAUUGGUAUUCAGGGGCCGGACAUUUUUGUCCCUCCGCAAAAAAUAGUUCAAUAUCUAUUUUAUAAUUAAUAUAUUUUUUUUUUUAUUAGUAUAUCGAUAGGGGAGUGUGGAUAGUGGGGGAUAUGCAAAGGUCAGUGUUGACGAAAAUAUUUUUGAAUGAUUAUUUUUAUAGUUAAAUUUAGAAUAAAAAAAUAAAGAAAAUUGUUAUUGGCGUUAUACUGUUAUUUCGCCAAAAAUGUAAAUUUAACAAACAUAUGUAUUGUAGAUAUGACCCACUUUUCGUAUGACUUGUAUUUUAUUCCCGAAUAUUUUUUCAAUUUGGUUGUCGGCAAAUUAUUUUAUUAUUAUUUUUAUUAUAUCCCUCCGUCAAAUUCUGAUAGAACUGCACCUAUUCUCAGACUAGUGUACCGUUAAGUGGAUAGAAACAGCACCAAUUUUAAUAUUAUUAAAGUGAAUUGAAUAAGUCAAGAGUAGGUAAUGAUUAUUAUUUGUGUUUGUAUGUCGGUUUUUAUUUGAUGUUUGAAUUUUUACCCGAGAUAUGAUAAUAAUAUGUGAAACAUCGUUAUUUUAAAAGCCUAUAUACUCGUUUAGAAAUUGAAAUAUUAAAACAAUUGAUGUACAAGCACAGAUCAUGUUCUUAACUUUUGACUGCUUGAUUUUAAAAUUGAAUUUGCUAUAAUAUUAAAAAAGUGCAGUGGUUAAUUGGUUCUGCUUAGUCCAAAAUGUGUUAUGGCGUGCGUUUGUAUAAGACGGAGGCAACAGAAAAAUGCAUGUGUUCUCUGCUUAAAUAAACAUGGUUCAUCAAAAAGAGUUUAUUAUGGACCUAAUUUAACGAAUGCCAGUAAUGUUUAGGAUUCUACGCCGUACAAUAGAUUCGUUUGGAAUUAGAAAAGAAAACCCUAAUGACGGUGUACUUACAUACGUUAGGUUGUUGCAAAAGUCUUUGACGGACCGCUUUGGUAGCCAUUGUAGAUAUUAUAAUAUAUUUGUAAGCUAUUACUGUACUUUUAUAGUUGUACAAGUAGAGUGUGUGAUCUAUCUUGAUUACACCCGUGUAAUCGAUUCUACGUGCAAUAACGCGUAUAGAUAAUUAUUAACACUAAAAAAAAAAAAAAAAAAAAAUGUAAAGAGAAGUCUAUUUUUUUCAUCUACCGUAGUCCUUAUAUUCGAAUUCGUAACUAUACGCCUGUGUGUAAGUCUAAAGUACCUAUACACAAUACACAAAGAUUUUUUUUAUAUAACGGAGUAGGUAUUUCCGGUACUCACGGUCUAUAGGUCGUGUAUUUACACGAUAAAUUAGUUGGUAUUGCGGACAAUAGCCAUUUUUUUUUUUUUUUUAUAUAGAAAUGAUUAACCAUUUUCUGACUUGUGUAUAAGAUCACAGGUCACUCGGUCCUUAUAUAUAAAAAUAAUUAAGUAUAUUUAGUCACCUACUGUAAAUAUAAAUAAAAUAUUCACACCCAUACGAACCGACGACGAUUGUUUCACUCGAUGGGCCACGAUCGAAAAUGUGAGAUCGAAUUUUGACCUCUGCUGAGAUUGUAUUAUUUGUUUAUAUUAGUAAAUGUACUCUCGACAAUUCAUAAUGUUUAAAUAAUUAGCGGACGUCACAAACGGAUGAUAUCCAUUUUUUAAAUGAAAAUUUCAAAUUUCAAUCAUCAUCACCUACUUAACCCAUAAUAUUAUCUCUCUCGAAUAUCCUUGGCGAACUGAUCGCUACAAAAAAUUAUACAAUCAUUUUCUUCUUCGUAUCAUCAUAAUAUUAUACUCUUCAAGGGUUAUUGCUACCACCGACCAUCUUACAAAAUAUUUUUCACGCUUCAUUAAAUGUCCAUUCCCAUCUAGAAGUGGAUUAAUUCAAAGUGCUAUACUGUAGUUCUACAACAUUGUGAGCUCUAUAGGGGGAACCAAAACGAUGACCUAUUAAUAAUAAUUAUAAUAAUGGUUUUUUGUAACCAAAAAUAACAUGAGCUUAUCAUAACAUAACAAUAAAAAAUAUCAUAAGAAUCAUGGUUACACAUCACCUAUAAGCAUUACUUGAAAUAGUGAUGUUAAGUUCAUAUACAUAAUAAUGGAAUAAAUAUGAUAAAUGUCAAUAAAUAUCAAAAAUGUCAACAAUAACGUUUAUUUUAACUAAUACACCAUCUAUUUAUGGAUUUUUUAAUACAGGUUGUCAUUUGAAAAUCAAAAAUAGGGUAGUGGUUUUACCCCUAAAAAUAAGGAUUACAAAUAUAACAUAAAUAUAAAAUUGUAGAGCUACUUGCUUCUCAAAAUGUUUUAGAAAACAAUUCCAAAAAAGUCAAUACAUUCCGAGAUAAUGAGUGUACCCAUUUAAACUGAUCAUCCUGUUUUGUUGAAAAAGCAUCACUAUUAAUUAAACUCUGCUCAGAAUCGUUUUUUCGUUAGCAACGAUUAAUUGUUACUAACAGAUAUACAUUAAAUUACUUGUAAUAGUGGUUGCACCCUUCUCUAUUAUCCUAGGACGUCUUUUCACUAUUGCAAGUUGAUGAAUUCAUUUACUGUUCUGACUUGAUCACGAUAUUUAGCGAGACACCUGCUUGAGAAGCGGUACUGUCUCGGCUAAAUCGGGACGUCUGUUCACACUAUGAAAACGCAUACUAUUUAUAACCAGUUAUAUUAAAUCUAUUACUUAUUUCGUAUUACAAAACACAUAUAUUUAAUCUCAUUCAAAUUUAACUGCAGUCAAUUAUUUUCAAAUCAUGAUUUAAUAUUAUUUAUCACCAAAUUUGCUGUAGAACACAAUUCACUAUUAGGGCUUGUUUAUAAUUCUUGAUGUUUAUUUUACUUUUAAACGUUUGAGAAAAUGUACAGCAGAACAAAAUAUUAUUUCUGCCUAUGUCAACAUAAGUAAAUUUAAAAAAAAAAAUAGACAAACACGGGCAUUUUAAGGUUCCUAUUUAUAAUUUAUACAUAUGUAUACACUAUACAGUGUAUCCCGUCUUAUAUGUACAAUUAAAUAUUUCAGCCUAAUGACUUUAAAUUGAAAUGAGAUUUUCAGGAGAUGAUGCCAUGAUGGGGAGUAACAAAGUACGCUCUAAGAUAAUUUUAAGUUUUUUUAACCCUUUAAGUGUGCACAUGUAAAAUUUAAAUUAAUUUUUUUGAAUAGAAAUCCUCAUUUUUUUCUAAGUAAUUUUGAUCUAUUGAUCGUGGACUUAAACCUAACAUUGACCGAGUUAUAGCUUUUUGAAAUUUGAAAACAACACACUUACAUUGAGUUAUAUUUGUAUUAUGAAAUAAAAUAAUAAUGACUUGGUAACAUAUUUUUGUUUAUACUACAUUUUUUUUUAUCUUUUAUAAUGUUCAAGAUUUCUCCCAUUUCUACCCACGCUUUCCAGUCGAAAAAAUUCAAUUAUUUUUAAAUUUAGUUUCAAAAAGCUGUACCUCAGUCAAUCUUAAGUUAAGGUUCAUGACAUGUAAAAUUGACUAUAUUGUGGUCCAUGGUCAAUGAAUCAAAAUUACUUUUUGGACAAAUUAUUAAAUUUUGAAGUGUACUAUAGUAGACCGGAUACUUUUCAAUCCGCAUCUGGCCCCACAAUGGUAAAAACUCAAUAGUAAACCAAGAUAAACGCGCGAUUCCAUCCUUUUUAAAAUUUUACUUUUUUUUUCAUUUCAAAUUUAUUGUUAUAUUUUUUACUCCGAAAAUAGUCAAACAGCUGCCAACUCGGGUGCUAGGACGACGAUCAGCGCGGACGCGGCCAGACUUUGGCGAUACGUACAGGCAGCCAAAGAAGGCCAGAAUGGUGAGGAUUGCCGGUCUUUGUUUCCGAACUGCCAUACGGUCGGACUUUAAUCGAGACUUGAGUGCGAGCCAGACGAGGAAACAUGGACGACAAUGAUUAAUCAAAAACGAAAACGGACCCGACAACGAACUCGAUAAAAAUUGUAAAUUAUCAUAACGGUGUUGUCGUGUUUCAUGUGUAUACAUAUUGUACCUAAAUUACAUACACACCAUAACUACUCAGCUAGUACCCGUUUUUUAAAAUCAAUAAUCGAUAGUAUCAUAAUAUUAUAGUAUAUAGUUUUUUAGUAAUGUAUACCUACGAGAAAAAGGGCUGCAUCCGAAUUGCGUGGCGAAAAAAUCAAAAAAAUUGUUUUUGAAUCGCAGUGCAAAUAUGUGCUCAAAAAAGAUCUGUUUAAAUCGCAUCAUUAUUUUUUUUUCUUUAAAUUUUUCAUUCCAAAUAAUAUCAAAUUUAUUUAAAAUUUCAUGAAAUUCAAACCUAUACUUUUUAGAAAAAAUUAAACAUAGUUUUUCACACCACCUCAAAAAAUACAAAACUACGAACCAUUAGAGAAUGUGUCCCAUUGUCUCUCUUGACUUUUACUUACUUAUGUAUGCCAUAUUAUGUUUAACAAAAUGUCAAUAUCAUUGAAAAAUACAUUUCGGUUUAUUUGGUCUCGAUAAGUCUAUUCCGUCACACAACAAAUCAUCCAACUAUUUAUAAUAUUUUUAUCGCUAAAAUUGUCCGAUUUGGGCCACUUCUCCUUUGACCUAAAGCUUUAAUAUCAUUUUUACAGUAUUAAGCUAGUCCAAUUAUGUGAUUAAAAAUCGUAAUGACUCCGAUUUGGACAGAUCAAUUUUCGUUUCGAUUUUUUUUUUUUUGUCAUGCAAUUGGGAUCGACCAAUAAAAAAUAAACCUAAUAAAUAUAUCGUUUCAUUUAUCUUAUAUUGCUUUGAAACGAAAUUUAAUAAAAUACAAGUCGGACUUAAUAUUCAACUAACACAAACACACACACAUACACACACUACACACAUAUCUAGUCACACACAAACACACACACACAAACAUAAUCAUUAUUCGUAGAUAUAGAGCAGCGGUCAUAGAUAUACCUUCCUAACCGGAAAACAGAGAUAUGCAUAAUAUUAUAAAAAUUUAAUAUAUCUAUCGGAGCGAGUAGUUAAUUUUUGUAUAGUUAAUACAAUAAAUAUUAAUAAUAUAUUUCACAUCUGCAAGGUAAAAAAUCUGGAUUUAUAUUCUGUAGGAUUAAGAUCAGAAUUAAAAAGUCGAUUCUUAGCCUAGUAAACAUUUUAGGUUAUGUAUUUUUUCUAAAAGUUAUAAAACAUUCGAGUAGGUAGGUACCGUGAAAAUCUUACUUAUUAUAACAAAAAUAAUUUAUCCUUUAUAUUAAUCCAGAUUAACUCCAUCUGAUUAGCAAUAUACAACGUAUAGAUAGUAAAAAUAUUAAUAAUAAUAACACAAUUAUAUAGAAAAUUUGAUUGAAUAAACUGUUCAAAAACGUUUUUUUUUUUUUUUGAUAUAAUGUUAUUUUUACAAGGUGAUUCACAUAUAUUUUGUAGUUUUCGAUUUAAAUUUUCUAUUCGCUAUAUGUUCAUAUUAUAUUUUAGAUGUUAUUACAAUAUGUAUAAUGUUUCGUUGUAUUCAUAUCACAUGAGUACUUACUGCUAAUACUUACAUGAGGCAUACAUGCCUAAUGUGAUUUUAUACUGGUAAAUCUCUGCACGCUGCUCUUUACUCUCACAAUGACUCGUCUAUAAUAAUCUUAUGUUAUAUAAACGAGUCACAUAUUAAUAUAAUAAUUUUACAUGUCUCGUGAUUUUAUUCGUAAUAUUUUUAUCAUGUAAUUACUCUCGUAUUUUCUCAUUUUUAUUUUCAUUAUUUCUAUUUAUUUAUUUAUCUAUAUAUUUAUUUACUUUUUUUGUAAUAAACACAUUAUACACAUGUAUAAUUAGGUAGGUACUAAAGUACUAUAUUGAACCGCAGUUAAACUAUAGUUAUAGCCUUACGACAUUUUCUGUAAUAAAAAAAACUAUUAAUUAUAAUUUUUUCAUUAUAAUUAUUAUUAUUAUUGUACUCAAUGUGCCCAUAUAUACAUUUUUUUUUUUUUUAAUAAAUAUUAUAAUAUUUAUUUAUAAAAAAAGAUAUAUUGUGAUAGUUUAGAUCGCAUACAUAUUUUGAAUACCUAUAUUAUAUUAAUAAAUGAUAAAAUAAUAGAAUAUUGUACAUUUCACUCAUUUAUACUUAGAUACACAGAAAAUCAGAUAUAUUUUAGUAAUUUAGUGAUUAUUUUAGAUAAUAAUCUCAUAAUAUGAGUUAUAACUUAUAUUAUAUAAAUAUAUGUAUCAUUAAUAAAUAUAUUAUUAUAUUUAAAAAAAUGUACCUCCAACCUUAUUUUAUAAUUUCAAUUAUCAACACAAUGUUUGUUUAAAUUGUUUAAAAACUAACGACACAAACAUUUUUCUUUCCUAUCGUUUUAAAAAUUGAAUCUAAUUUUUAAUCGUAAAAUAAAGCAACUCUUUAGGUACUAAAUAUAAUGUAUACUAAAAGCAAUUAAUUUUCCCAUUGAGUUAUUAUAAGAUAAAAUUAAAAACCUAUAGUUAAAUAUUCUUUUAAAAAUCGAUUUUAACAUAUUAUUAUUACGUUAGGUUAUUUAUUAG